GCCAUUUAUUUCCCAAUAAAUUGUUUUCUUUGUGACAAUAGUUUUGGCAAUAAUUAUAUUUUGGUUUUAAUUUUGUGUUGAAAUCGCCGAUAAUUUUGAGACCAAAAAUGUUUGAAUAUUCAAGCAAUACAUGUCUGGCAUUGAGUGCCCUAUCAUUGGGUUUUGCAUCCGUUGUGUAUGUCUUUUACGGACCCAAACCGUCGUCUAAGAAGUCCAACAAAUUCCUCAAUAAUGAAUCGCUCGGCGAUGAGUCGCUCAGUCAUCAGUCCUACGAUUCUUCCUAUAGCUGUGAUAAUGUAUUGAAGGCAUUGAGAGCUCACAAGUGGACGAUCCGUAAUGAAGAACAGGACGCCUUCGAGUUAUUUAACGUAUUGACGGAUACGUUGGAGUCAGAGCUGUAUUCAUCGUUUCCCGUCUACUCUCUAAAGGACGCUCUUAUAGCCGAGGGAUUGAUGAACGAGUCGUCACCCGAGACCAGUCCUGCCAUUCAGACGCGAGCCUCGCAUAUGAAUGGAUGCUAUGCUCUCAACUCUACUGCCGAAAGUGUUCGCAUAAAUUUCCGCUACAUUUGGACACAUUUGACACAAUAUCUCUUUCUAUACCCAAUAAUGUGUUCGGAAUUCCGAUUGAAUUACAUAAAUGUCUCGAGAAGNAAUUUAGUUGAUUUGGCCGGCAGUGAGAACAUCGGCCGCUCCGGCGCUCAGGACAAGAGGGCCCGCGAGGCCGGCAAUAUCAACCAGAGUCUGCUAACACUCGGCCGAGUCAUCACAUCCCUCGUCGACCGCACGCCACACAUCCCAUACCGCGAGUCAAAGUUGACGCGUCUUCUGCAGGAAUCGCUCGGCGGCCGCACAAAGACGUCGAUUAUAGCGACCAUUUCGCCAAACAUUGUGGACGCCGACGACUCCCUGUCGACCCUCGAGUACGCCCACAGAGCAAAGAAGAUUACAAACAAACCGGAGAUCAAUCAACGGAUGAGCAAAAAGACUCUUCUCAGAGAGUAUACCGAAGAGAUUGAAAGACUUCGACGCGAUUUGUUGGCCGCGCGCGAGAAGAAUGGCAUUUAUGUGAACGAAGAGAACUUCAAACAAAUGGAACAACAGAUUAAGGAUCAGAUCCAAGACAUCGAGGAGAAAAUGGCAGAGAUUAAUGCACUGCACGAAGAGAUGAGUCAAAUACAGCACUUGUUUGAGGAGACGAAAGAAGAGCUGAACACCAAAGUGACAGAACUGGAGAUUACGUCCAAGAAUUUGGAGAAUACAACUCAAGACUUGAAGCAAACCAAAAGUGAUUUACACAUAACUACAGUCGAUAGAGACGAACAAAAGCAUUUGGUUGGCGUUCACGUGGACUCCGAGAAAUUGCUCACAAAUCAGGCCAAAGAUCUGCUGAAUGUGGCGGAGAUCACCACUUCUGACGUUCACAAACUGCACAGUAAAGUCGAUCGACAGAAAGGCGUCGAAACAAACAAUUGGACCAAAACUAAUGAAUUCCAGGAGAAGUUUACGUGCGAUAUGAGCCGAUUGAAGGAAUUGGUGUCGAUUACCACCAUUUCAUAUAACGACGGUUUGGACGAAAUGAAAGUCGCCAUCAAUGAGAAGACAACGGCCACCGAAGCCGUUGUGACCGACACUCAGAGCAAAAACACUUCCAUAACUAAUCUAACGGCUGAACAGAUCUCUUCUUUGUCUACUAUUAUGUUGAAGGAUAGAGUUGUGUCCGAACAGAUCCACACAUUGAGUGAUAACAACUCAGAGAUGUUAACCUUUUUGGGCCAAACUUUUAAUGAGAUAUUGUCUGAUGUGAAGCGAAAUCAAACAACUAAUUCUGAAGACAUCUCAAAACUGACGGCAAUUAUUCCGAAACAAAGGGAAGACAUUGAAGAACUGGUUAUGAAACAAAACACUCAACUCAAGAAUGUCUCCAAAAUCACUGUUAACUCAUUCAACAGUAUUAAGAAUAACAUACAAACUAUUUAUGACGAUAAGACUAAGAAACUGACGGGUAUUAUAGAUCGAAUGGAGCGCUCCAUUGAAUUGCAAGACAAAAAGUUAGAGCAGUUUAUCGAGAGUUUUACCGCCGAUCGCAGGAAUUUGCAAGAAUUAAGAGAUGAAUUGAUUGACACGAAGAAUGGCAUGAAUUGUCUGCAAGAGUUUAGCUCCAAAAUCGACGGCUAUAUGUGUCAAAUCAAUGUCGAGGAGAAGAUCCACACAUUGAGUGAUAACAACUCAGAGAUGUUAACCUUUUUGGGCCAAACUUUUAAUGAGAUAUUGUCUGAUGUGAAGCGAAAUCAAACAACUAAUUCAGAAGACAUCUCAAAACUGACGGCAAUUAUUCCGAAACAAAGGGAAGACAUUGAAGAACUGGUUAUGAAACAGAACACUCAACUCAAGAAUGUCUCCAAAAUCACUGUUAACUCAUUCAACAGUAUUAAGAAUAACAUACAAACUAUUUAUGACGACAAGACUAAGAAACUGACGGGUAUUAUAGAUCGAAUGGAGCGCUCCAUUGAAUUGCAAGACAAAAAGUUAGAGCAGUUUAUCGAGAGCUUUACCGCCGAUCGCAGGAAUUUGCAAGAAUUGAGAGAUGAAUUGAUUGACACGAAGAAUGGCAUGAAUUGUCUGCAAGAGUUUAGCUCCAAAAUCGACGGCUAUAUGUGUCAAAUCAAUGUCGAGGAGAAGGUUGGCCUCAAUUAUGUCGAAAGCGUUGAUAACCUGAACACAGAAAACACGCAGCAAUUGAUGGACACAAUCAGUGAAUUGAAUAACAAAAACACUUCACUUCCGAAUCAGACGCAAGAGUUGAUUAGCACUAGAAAUAAGGCGGCGUCUGAGGAGAUGAUACAAUUCCGUCACUUGACUGUCGAUACAAUCAAUUUGUGUGACAAACAGAUGUCUGCCAAACAAUCGGCGCUCAAAACAAUGUCCGAUCGUUUGCACGAAGAACUCGACGAACAGAAGUGUUUUGUGGAUAAAAUCGCAGACAAUAUUAAACAUAUCGAUGAAUGUGUUUCGGAGAAGACAUCGGAAAUGAGUCGAAUGUCGCAAACGAUGGAGAGAUCGCAGAUCCGAGAGAUUGAGAACCAACACAAGAGCUUUGAAGCCUUUGUCAGAAACGACUUAAUCAAAGACAUGCCGACCGGAACCACACCGCAGAAGACUGAAUAUAGUUUCCCGCGAGAGUUGGUUCAGACGUCUCCACACGACAGGAUUCUGCAACGCUUUCGACUCAACAGCGCCUGCAAUACAUCGCUUCCCGAAGAGAAUGAGUCGGAAUUCCUGUCCGAUUCUAACAGUUCUGCAAAGAGUUUCAGCUCUAAUGACGAGAACAUAAAGCCAUUGACUGAUAAGAAACGCAAAGCCGGUCUUCAAUCCAAAAACAAAUCCAAUUCAAGUCUGAAAAUGAUAGCAGAAUCGGAGCAGACAUUUGUGGCCAUAAGUCAACCGUUGUCACGAUUGCCAACUCCUAAACCAUUGAUGUCUAAUCGAAACAAUUAAUUUUUAUUGUAUAUAAGUUUUAACACUAUUUAAUCCUUUUAAUGAUAUUUUAAACUCCAACUUCUUUUAACAUUUAAUGCAC